UUAUUAAUUUGAACUAUUUCUUAAAUAACUAUUUAUUAAUAAUAAAUUAUUAAACAUUCUAACUAGUUAAAAGUAUUAUUUGUACGUCAUAUUUUAUCAAGUAUGACGUCAUUCCUAUUCAAAAGUCUGGGGGAAUCACCUCUGCCGUUUCAACAUCGCUGAGGAGUACAUGCGUUGUCUGAUAAUUUUGAGAAAGUUCGUUCAGAAUUACCGAUUAUCGAAUUACCAAUUAUCGAAUUACCGAAAUAUGUCUUUAUUUAAUUACCCUAAACCCAGAAAGGAUACUGUAGUUGACGAUUACCAUGGAGCGAAAGUUCCGGAUCCUUACACAUGGAUGGAAGAUCCGGAUUCAAAGGAAACAAAAGAAUAUGUCGAAGCACAAAAUAAAAUUUCUAUUCCUUAUUUGAGAAAUUGUUCAGCUAGGAACAAGUUUCAUGCCAGAAUGACGGAGUUAUACAAUUAUCCCAAGUAUAGUUGUCCAUUUAAAAAAGGAAACAAAUACUUUUUCUUCAUGAAUACUGGAUUGCAAAAUCAAAGCAUUUUGUAUUGUCAAGAAACGUUGAUGUCAGAACCGAAAGUUUUUCUUGAUCCAAACAAAUUAUCAGAGGAUGGUACAUUGGCAUUAAGAGGAAGAUCUUUUUCAGAUGAUGGGUCCUAUUUUGCUUAUGGACUGAGCCAGAGUGGUUCAGACUGGACAACAAUGAAAUUUAAAAGAGUUGAAGGAUCAUUAGACCUACCAGAUACAUUAGAAAGAGUGAAAUUCUCCUGCAUGUCUUGGACUCAUGACAACAGAGGGAUAUUUUAUAAUAGUUAUCCACAACAACCAGGAAAAGCAGAUGGAACAGAAACUACAGCUAACGUGCAUCAAAAGCUUUACUACCACGUACUUGGGACUCCCCAAUCUGAUGAUAUUCUUUGUGCUGAGUUUCCAGAUCAACCAAAAUGGAUGAGCGGAGCUGAACUAUCUGAUGAUGGAAGAUAUGUUUUACUAUCUGUGAGUGAAGGAUGUGAUCCAGUCAAUAGAUUAUGGUACAUCGAUCUUCAAUCUAUUGGUGGAAAGAUAAAUGAAGGGCCGCUACCAUGGAUUAAACUUGUAGACAAUUUUGAUGCUGAAUAUCAAUACAUCACAAAUGAAGGUUCUAUAUUCACAUUCAAAACAAAUCUGAAUGCACCAAGAUACAAGUUGAUCAACAUUGAUUUUCUCAAUCCUGACAUGGAUAACUGGAAGAAUUUGAUAGAUGAGCAUGACAAGGACGUCUUGGAAUUUGCCAAUUGUGUUCAUCAGGAUAAACUUGUUAUUGAGUAUCUAUCUGAUGUCAAGAGUGUCAUGCAACUGCGGAAGCUUCAAGAUGGAAGUUUGAUUAAAACAUUUCCAUUGGAUGUUGGUUCGUUAGAAGGGAUUUCGGGGAGAAAAAAUCAGCAUGAAUUAUUUUAUAAAUUCACUUCAUUCCUUUCUCCUGGUAUCAUUUAUCAUUGUGAUUUGGAAUCUGAAAAUAUGGAAUCUACAGUAUUCAGAGAAAUCAAAGUUUCUGGAUUCGACAGCAGUUUAUUUGAAACUAAACAAGUUUUUUAUCCAAGCAAAGAUGGAACUAAAAUACCAAUGUUCAUUGUCCAGAGAAAGGGAAUUAAACUGGAUGGAAGCCAUCCCUUAUUGCUGUAUGGCUAUGGUGGAUUCAAUAUUUCAAUCACACCUACCUACAGUGUUUCCCGUGUUACAUUUAUGCAAAAUUUAGGAGGAAUUGUCGCCAUUGCAAACAUUAGAGGAGGCGGAGAAUAUGGGGAGACCUGGCACAAAGGAGGAAUGUUGGAAAAUAAACAAAAUUGUUUUGAUGAUUUUCAGCAUGCUGCUUUGUACUUGAUAGAAAAUGGAUAUACAUCACCAGAUAAGUUGACAAUUAAUGGUGGAUCGAAUGGAGGUUUACUGGUUGGUGCGUGUAUAAAUCAGAGACCUGAUUUGUUCGGAUGUGCUGUGGCUCAAGUUGGUGUCAUGGACAUGCUAAAAUUUCAUAAAUACACAAUUGGACAUGCAUGGACGACUGAUUUUGGAUGUUCUGAAAAACAUGAUCAAUUUAAAUGGUUGAUAAAAUAUUCUCCUUUACACAAUGUUCGGGACUUUGGAAAAAACAGGCAACAAUACCCAGCGUUAUUACUACUGACAGGUGAUCAUGAUGACAGAGUUGUACCUCAUCAUAGUUUGAAGUUCAUUGCCACAGUACAAGAAGUUCAUGGGUCAAGGGAAACACAGAAAAAACCUCUGCUGAUAUUGGUUGACACAAAGUCAGGUCAUGGAGCAGGAAAACCUACUUCGAAAAUUAUUGAUGAAGUUGCUGAUUUAUUUGGAUUUAUCGCUGAAAACACAGGAGCUACGUGGAAAUCAGAGAAAACUGAGGGAGACAUUAUCAAUUCUAAGCAUUGAUUUUUAUUCAGGGUCCUGGGAUAUUCCAAACUGAUCCAUCUUACAGAGAAACAGGAUAUAUGCUACAAAGUUCACUCCUUAAAAUUUACGUAUAUUAUGAUUUCACUUGAUAAAUGGAUAAACAUUAAUUUAAACUAUCAUAAUUCUUAGAAACAUGUCACAAAUAUCAUCAGCUUCAAUUAGACUAGAUUCUUUAAACAAAUAUAAUCACAAUUUCUGCUUAUGUUGGAAAUAUGAGAUGUAAAAAUAAUUAAUGCAGGGUUUUUGAACCAUUCUCUAAUUUAUGCUUUUUUGCACAUUUCGGAAGUAAAAUUUACAUUUUAUUUACAUUUCCACCUGAAGUAAAGACACUCUAAUACGAAAAUUAUAUGUAGGAUUUUCCCAGUAGAUGUCAAAAAUUAGUUGUAUUGAGUUAUAAUAGGGAAAUACAUAACUAACAACCAGACGUUUUCUCUGUACUGAGGGCAUAAUAACAAUUAUCAGAAAGGAGGACAAUGCGAUUUGCUCAGCAUACCAACAUUUGAUAAUAAAAACAAAACUGAUUGGCUAUACGCGUACAGUUUACCUCUGCUUAAUAAGAACUGAAUGAUGGCGCAUUGGCACUUGAUUUAUUAAGCAAUUGUGAGAUUAUGUCGUGUCUGUUAAAAUCUUAUAGUAGCAUUAAUUUUUUUUAAUAUUAUUAGCUUGCUAGAAUUUAUGUAUCGAUUUUUUAUUAGCUUUUUCAUGCAGUCAUGCUAUAUUUCAUUCUCUAGAAUUAACAUGCUGCUCUUGGAUUGAAGUACAUCAUUUACUAUUUUUAGUGCAGUUUUGCAGUACAACAAGAUUGCUUGAACAAAACUCAAUUCAUUUUAAAAUAGUUAGCAUCUCUUUAAAGAGAUGUGGGAUCGUAUAUUUGAACAAGCCAGCAUUCAUGUCCGCAUAGAUUUGAUGUUGAAAUAUAAAAUCGUUAACUUGUA